AUGGGUCAUGUUGUAGAGCACGGGAAGAUCACGUAUAGAUAUGGAAAAGGUGCGGGCGAUCCCGAGUGGACGACCCCGGCCAAUGUGUGGAAACGAUUACGCUCGUUUCUCGGUCUAGCCAAUUACUAUAGAAGAUUUGUGGAGGGCUAUUCGAAGAAGAGCGGCACCCAUAACAAAGUUGUUGAAGAAGGGUGUUACAUGGACGUGGUGCGCAGAAGUGCGAAGAAGCUUUCAGAAGAGGGAGUGCACUCAUGCGGGAGGGCUACCCCGGUGGAUUUGAGAGCGCGAAGCUUUCAGAACUGCGAAGGCGGUACCUUGCUGGCAAGAAAAAGAGCUCUGACGGCAGUUAUUCAUUGUUUUACGGACGUGGAGGCAUUACUUGUUGGGGUCGAAGUUUGUGGUGAAGACGGACAAUGCGGUUGUUAG